AUGAACAUACCACAGCGCCAAUUUAGCAACGAGGAAGUUAAUCGCUGCUAUUUGAGAUGGCAACAUUUGAGAAAUGAGCACGGGAUGAAUGCCCCAAGUGUACCAGAGUUUAUUUAUCUGACUAAAGUGCUGCAAUUUGCUGCCAAACAACGACAAGAAUUACAAAUGCAACGUCAGCAGCAAGGCAUCUCAGUAUCUCAGCAAAACAUAGCGUCAAAUUCUUCAGAUCAACCUGAAUUGCUCAAUAAUACUUCUUCGCACAUUUCUGCUUCCGCUUCUCCAAAUUUAACUUCGAAUAUGCAUAUGAAUGGCAAUGAGGCUUUCAACAGUACUACACAUCAGACACCCAUCAUGCACGCACAGAUGCCACUGAAUGGUAGUGGUAAUAAUAACAACAUACCACCUCAGCGACAAUCCUCGGUUGGUUCAUUAAAUGCAACAAAGUUUUCACCACGGACAGGGAAUAAAGCGGAAAAUGUUGUAGAGAGAUCCGAUAACUCUAUCCAUGAUGGAUAUAACCUUAAUACAGCCGAAUCGCACCAUCAAAAUCAAUCGCCGCAGGAUCAUAAUAUGCAGGACUUAAACGCGAUUGCAGGCUCGCAGAUAAAUUCCCCGAUACCUCAGCAGGCACAAUUCCAACAAGCACAACAAGUACAACAAGUACAACAAGUACAACAAGCACAACAAGCACAACAAGUACAACAAGCACAACAAGCACAACAAGUACAACAAGCACAACAAGCACAACAAGCACAACAAGCACAACAAGCACAACAAGCACAACAAGCACAACAAGCACAACAAGCACAACAAGCGCAACAAGCGCAACAAGCGCAACAAGCGCACCAGGCCCAACAAGCUCAAGCACGGCCACAACAGGGGAGAAGAUUACCCAUGACAAUGUUUACUGCCGAGCAAUCGGAGCUGCUAAAGGCUCAAAUCACAUCUUUGAAAUGCUUAGUGAACAGAAAAACUAUUCCACUCGAGUUUCAAGCCGUCAUUCAAAAAUCCAUCAAUCACCCCCCUGAUUUCAAAAGAAUGCUGUUAUCUUUGAGUGAGUUUGCUAAAAAGAGGCAGCCUGUAGGUCAAAUCAACCAGAUAACCCAUGGCAAGAGCAAUGACACGCAGCAGUCCGCUGUCAACUACGAACGUAAUGACGCAAACCCUGACCAACACGUGUCUGGAGUGGCAAAAAAUGCACAUAUGGAAAAUAAGGAUGAAGGCGUUGUCUCUGCUUCAUCUGUGGGCCCCUCUCAUAAACAUGAUGUAACUAGCGUACUCGAUAAAAAUGUGAAAAGCGUAAGCGGUACUCCAAUGAUGCAAACUGAUUCGAAGAAAGAAGAAAACGAGACCAUGCCAAAAGAACCUAAAACCAUUUCCAGUAGCAAUAAACCCCCAAAACCACAGAAGCCUGUUCCUUUGAAUGUUCUGCUAGAACAGUAUAAAGAAGGUAUAAAAGUGGUAGAUAUAGAUGACCCUGACAUGAUGGUGGAUUCCUUCACGGCACCUAAUAUCUUUCAUAAUAGCAUUGAUUAUCAGACAUUAUUGGCUAAUUCUGACCAUACGAAAUUUACGAUUGAGCCUGGUGUUCUUCCUGUUGGUAUUGAUACACACACUGCUACUGAUAUCUACCAGACUUUAAUAGCGCUAAACCUUGAUACUACGGUGAAUGACUGUUUGGAUAAGCUAUUGGAUGAUGAUUGUGCGGAACCAUUAAAAGAAAAUGCACUCUAUGAUUAUUAUGCAUUACAAUUGUUACCGCUGCAAAAAGCCGUAAGAGGUCAUGUGUUGCAAUUUGAAUGGCAUCAAAAUUCUUUACUGACUAAUACUCAUCCAAAUUUUCUUUCUAAAAUAAGAAAUGUCAACGUGCAAGACGCAUUGCUAACGAAUCAACUAUAUAAGAGCCAUGAAUUACUAAGAUUGGAAAGGAAAAAGAUUGAAGCAGCCACAAAAUUGAAACUGAUGAAUAGAUCUGCUAUUAAUCAAUAUAAUAAAAGACAAGAUAAAAAGAAUAAAAGGUUGAAGUUUGGUCAUAGAUUUAUCGCCACUCACGCUAAUUUAGAAAGAGACGAACAAAAAAGAGCUGAAAGAAAGGCUAAAGAACGUUUACAGGCGUUGAAGGCAAAUGAUGAAGAAGCAUACAUAAAGUUAUUAGACCAAACUAAAGAUACAAGAAUUACACAUUUAUUGAGGCAAACGAACGCAUUUUUAGAUUCCUUAACAAGAGCAGUGAAGGAUCAACAAAAAUAUACUAAAGAAAUGAUUGAUUCUCAUAUAAAGGAAACAUCGGAAGAGGUGGAGGACUUAUCUAUGGUGCCCAAGAUGAAAGAUGAAGAGUACGAUGAGGACGAUGAUGCUCUCAAUGCCGAUUACUACAAUGUUGCACAUAGAAUUAAGGAAGAUAUUAAAAAGCAACCUUCAGUCUUGGUUGGUGGUACACUAAAGGACUACCAAAUCAAAGGUUUACAAUGGAUGGUUUCACUUUUCAAUAACCAUUUGAAUGGUAUAUUAGCAGACGAAAUGGGACUCGGUAAGACUAUCCAAACCAUUUCGUUACUCACGUAUUUAUAUGAAAUGAAGAAUAUUCGUGGACCAUAUCUGGUUAUUGUUCCUUUAUCUACAUUGUCGAACUGGAGCAGCGAAUUUGCCAAAUGGGCUCCAUCUUUAAGAGCUAUAUCUUUCAAAGGUUCGCCAAAUGAAAGAAAGGCUAAACAAGCCCUGAUUAGAGCGGGCGAAUUUGAUGUAGUUUUGACAACUUUCGAAUAUAUUAUCAAGGAAAGAGCCCUACUAUCUAAGGUUAAGUGGGUUCAUAUGAUUAUUGACGAAGGACACAGAAUGAAAAAUGCACAAUCCAAACUUUCCUUGACUUUGAACACACAUUACCACGCAGAUUAUAGAUUAAUUUUGACUGGUACACCUUUACAGAAUAAUCUACCGGAAUUGUGGGCUUUACUAAAUUUUGUACUACCAAAAAUUUUCAACUCCGUGAAAUCCUUCGAUGAAUGGUUCAAUACUCCCUUUGCCAAUACCGGUGGACAAGAUAAAAUUGAACUGAGUGAAGAAGAAACGCUUCUGGUGAUCAGAAGAUUGCAUAAAGUCUUGAGGCCCUUCUUAUUGCGUCGUUUAAAAAAAGAUGUGGAAAAAGAAUUACCGGAUAAAGUCGAAAAAGUAGUGAAGUGUAAGAUGAGUGCUUUGCAACAAAUCAUGUAUCAACAGAUGUUGAAAUAUCGUCGCCUUUUCAUCGGCGAUCAAAACAACAAGAAAAUGGUUGGCCUAAGAGGCUUCAAUAAUCAAAUUAUGCAAUUGAAGAAAAUUUGUAACCACCCUUUUGUUUUCGAAGAAGUUGAAGAUCAAAUCAAUCCUACAAGGGAAACAAAUGAUGACAUAUGGCGUGUAGCCGGCAAAUUUGAACUGUUGGAUAGAAUCUUGCCUAAGCUUAAAGUAACAGGACAUAGGGUUUUGAUUUUUUUUCAAAUGACCCAAAUUAUGGACAUCAUGGAAGAUUUCUUGAGGUACAUCAAUAUCAAGUAUUUAAGACUGGAUGGACAUACGAAAUCUGAUGAGCGUAGCGAAUUGUUACGCCUAUUUAACGCACCGGGUUCGGAAUAUCUGUGUUUUAUCCUGUCUACAAGAGCAGGUGGUCUUGGUUUAAACUUGCAAACUGCAGAUACUGUCAUUAUUUUUGAUACUGAUUGGAAUCCACAUCAAGAUUUGCAAGCGCAGGAUAGGGCCCAUAGAAUAGGUCAAAAAAACGAAGUCAGAAUUUUAAGGUUGAUCACAACGAACUCUGUAGAGGAAGUCAUUCUAGAGAGAGCUUAUAAGAAGUUAGAUAUAGAUGGUAAAGUCAUUCAAGCGGGCAAAUUUGACAAUAAAUCUACAUCAGAGGAACAAGAAGCUUUACUUAGAUCUUUGUUGGACGCUGAAGAAGAACGUAGAAAGAAAAGAGAAUCUGGUGUUGAAGAAGAAGAGGAGUUGAAAGAUUCGGAGAUUAAUGAACUGCUUGCUAGAAACGAUGAUGAAAUGGUUGUCCUUGCCAAAAUGGACGAAGAUAGAUCAAAGAAGGAGAAAGAAUUAGGAGUGAAGAGCCGUCUUCUGGAAAAAAGUGAAUUGCCUGAUAUUUACAGUAGAGAUAUUGGUGCUGAACUUAAGCGUGAAGAAUCAGAAAAGUCUGCAGUUUACAAUGGAAGGGGCGCAAGAGAACGUAAGACGGCAACUUAUAACGAUAAUGUGUCUGAGGAACAAUGGUUAAGACAAUUUGAAGUUAGCGAUGAUGAAAAAAGUAACAAGAGAGCAAGGAAACAAAAAUUAAAAAACGAAGACCAAAGUGAGACAGCUGAUGAGGAUCUUGAUAUUAAGGGCGAUUACGUUGAUGUUGAGAAUGGGGAAGCCAAAAAUAGUCAUGAUUCAAUCGAAGAUCACGUGAGUACAGAUCUGAUCAUGAACGAUGAUGACGUUUCAUUGAAAAAGAGGAAAGCCGGCAGACCGCGUGGAAGACCUAAGAAGGUCAAGCUUGAACCUUCUGAAAACUCUGAUCCGCCAGCACUUGAAUCAAGCCCCGUUACUGGCGAUAAUUCGCCAAGUGAGGGCUUUAUGGACAUUUCAAAACUGCACACUGCAGGCAAAACAUCUGUUAAAUCUGCAAGAACGUCAGCUAGAGGCCGUGGAAGAGGUCGGGGCCGUGGACGAGGACGUGGGCGUGGUCGCGGAAGACCGCCAAAAGCAAGAAAUGGCCUUGAUUAUGUUCGUACAUCUGCUGUGACCAGUCCUAUUGAUAUUAGAGAGAAAGUUGCUAAGGAAGCUCGAAAAUUAUAUGAUUUUGCUCUUAAUUAUGAAAAUGAAGCUGGAAGGAAACUUUCCGACAUUUUUUUGGUUAAACCUUCUAAAGUACUAUAUCCCGAUUAUUAUUUGAUCAUAAAGUACCCUGUUGCUUUUGAGAACAUCAUUACAAACAUUGAAUUGCUUGCUUAUAGCUCCCUCAAAGAGACCCUUCAAGAUUUUCAUUUAAUAUUCUCCAAUGCCAGAAUAUACAACACUGAGGGUUCAAUAGUGUAUGAAGACUCUUUGGAAUUGGAAGAAGUUGUCAUUAAAAAAUACCAUGAAAUAAUAGAUGACGAAACACCAGUCACCUUUACUGAAUUUGAUGAACAGUUCGCCACUAAUCCUCUGAUCUUACCUCCUAUGGUAUCUUCAGGCAUGGCAGAAGCUCCUACAGAUGAAGCGGAUUCGAGCAUGGCAGAAACAAGUAUAUAG